UUGGUACCUUUGUGACGCUAUUCCACCAAGCCCAAAAGAAAAAGACCAGCCUAUCGGAGCCCAUUUCUUCCGUCUCUCUCUAUCUCUCUCUCUCUCGCUCUCUCUAUCUGGGACUGAAGGAAGGCAGUAAUGGCGACGGGUCUGUUCAGGAGGGCAGUAUCUAGGAUUUCGACGGCGAGAUUCAUGCUGGCUCGGGCCCACGCGAGCGAGGCUCAGGCGCAGCAGGUGGAGCCGAAGGCACGCUCCUCCCCGACCCUCAAGACCUUCUCAAUCUACCGGUGGAAUCCUGACAGCCCAUCGAAGCCGGAGCUCCAGGAGUACAAGAUCGACCUGAAAGAGUGCGGUCCCAUGGUCCUCGACGCCCUCAUCAAGAUCAAGAAUGAGUUCGACCCCACCCUCACCUUCCGCCGAUCGUGCCGAGAAGGCAUCUGCGGUUCUUGCGCAAUGAACAUAGACGGCUGCAACGGACUCGCCUGCCUCACCAAGAUCCCGUCGGCCGGAUCGAACACCACGAUCACCCCACUGCCACACAUGUUCGUGAUUAAGGACCUGGUGGUGGACAUGACCAACUUCUACAACCAAUAUAAGAGCAUCGAGCCCUGGCUUAAGAGAAAGACCCCGGCAUCCGUUCCGGGGAAGGAGAUACUGCAGAGCAAGAAGGAUAGGGCCAAGCUGGAUGGGAUGUACGAGUGCAUUCUCUGUGCCUGCUGUAGCACAUCCUGCCCCAGUUACUGGUGGAACCCCGAGUCUUAUCUGGGACCCGCAGCUUUGCUCCACGCCAAUCGGUGGAUAAGUGAUAGCCGUGAUGAAUUUACCAAGGAAAGGCUGGAUGCUAUAAAUGAUGAGUUCAAGCUCUACCGCUGCCAUACCAUACUCAACUGUGCCCGUGCCUGUCCGAAGGGCUUGAACCCUGGAAAACAGAUCACCCAUAUCAAGCAGCUCCAACUCUCUAGUGGCAAUUGAGUUUCUAGCUUCAUCUGGCACCAGCUGGCAUGCUGCUGAUGCGCAUUUCCCGUUAUUCUACGAUAAUUUUGAUGACCCAUGAACUGUGUAUUGAGUUAAUAACGUGAAGCAUCUAAUGUAUUACCUUAUCCCAUUUGUACCUACAGAAUUUUCGAAUCAAAUUGUGUUGUCUUUCUUUGCUUUCGAAUAAAUGUUAAUGGAACUCCGUGGGUCCACCAGGAACUGUGAUCAGAUACCUGGUUUAUUGAA